AAUACACCUCUCUUUUCCCACUGGCAGCCGUAGGGCCCUACCAAAUGUCCAGCAUUCUAUGGAAACGUGUUGAAUGGGUUUCAAAAUAUGGAUACGAUAACUACGAAAUUGACUUAGAUAGGAGCUCAGGCCUCAAAUUCUAAAUUGGGCCUAGAAACUAGCACGAUGCCCUCCUCGUGUAGACACAAAUUUAUCGCACCACCCUGUCUCGCGACACCGGUGUACCUAGGUCCCUUCAACUCACGCUAAAUGCCUAAUCGACUCAAGCAGCAUAUUCAUAUUACUACGCUGUUCUACUGGGACUCCGGAUGUGACGCGUGGUCGCAAUUGUGUUGCAUGUCUGCUUACUCUUUGCCGACCUUCUAAUUCAACACAUGACCCUGAGUGCUUAGAUAUGUUAAGAACAUCGCCACUUCCAUUAUGUGACCCUUUGCGAUAUCCGGAGAUGACAUCUCUGCAAUGCUGACUUAUAGCCGCACACGAUCUGCGCUGGGGUCACGGAUCACUGCAAGAAUGUGGCAUAAAUAUCAGUGUAUGUGAAACUUACGUCCACUCUUUUCUGUUCUUUCUUGAAAGUCUCAUGGCGACGAUGCCGUUGCCACCCCCUCAUGCGCAGAUCCUUGUCAUCGGCGGUGGACCUGCAGGAAGUUACGCAGCAGCCAUACUCGCUAGAGAAGGUUUUGACGUCGUCCUCCUGGAGUCCGCAAAGUUCCCUCGCUAUCACACCGGCGAGAGCCUCCUGCCAUCCGUUAAACCGUUCUUGAAGUUCGUCGGUGCAGAGGAUAAAGUCAAGAACUAUGGGUUCACCAAGAAGCCCGGCGGUGCGGCCAAGCUGAAUCAUCAUAAGCGGGAAGGAUAUACCGACUUCGUCGCUUUGGAUCCAGAGAGCGGCUCUUGGCACGUAAUCCGCUCUGAAUUCGACGAUCUUCUUCUCAAGCACGCGGAAGAAUGCGGUGCCAAAGUAUUUCAAGAAACACAGGUGACCGAACUUCAGUUCAACCCCAACUCCAAGUACUCCGACUCGGAGCCUCAGCGUCCCGUAGCUGCGGUUUGGAGCAAAAAAGCACCUUCUGACAAUGAUGGAUUGGCGGUCAAUGACAUUAUUACAGGCGAAAUCAAGUUUGACUACCUCAUUGACGCAUCCGGUCGGCGAGGACUGAUGUCCACAAGAUACCUGCAUAAUCGAAAAUUCAAUCAGAGUUUGAAGAAUGUUGCCCAUUGGGGUUAUUGGACCAUCGUGAACAAGUAUAUGCCCGGAACCACUCGCGAAGGAGCCAUCUGGAUCGAAGCAUUGACUGAUGAAUCAGGCUGGGUAUGGUACAUACCGCUUCACGACGGCUCAACAUCUGUCGGGAUUGUAAUGGAUGAAUCCCGUUCCUCUGAGAAGAGACGAGCCAGUAAGCAAGGCCUACAGGACUUCUACCUCAGCCAAUUGCACCAUCUGGCACCUGGUACGAUGGAGUUGAUAGGUGCCAGGGGAAAACUGCGCAACGCCGAUAAUUCGAACGCUGUAAGAUCAGCAAGUGACUACAGUUACUCCGCACCUACCUACUCUGGUGAUCAUUUCAGGAUCGCUGGAGAUGCCGGGGCUUUCAUUGAUCCUUUUUUCUCCUCCGGAGUUCACUUAGCAUUCACUGGCGGUUUGUCUGCCGCCGUAACUAUCGCAGCUUCGAUUCGUGGACAUGCGCCCGAGACUGAUGCUUGCCAAUGGCAUGAUGCGAAAUUCAGCACUUCUUACACUCGGUUCCUGCUUGUUGUCCUUGGUGUCUACAAGCAGAUACGUAAUCAGGAAGCUCCAGUUUUGUCGGAUGUUGGAGAGGAUAACUUCGACAAAGCAUUUGAGUCCAUCCGUCCAGUCAUCCAAGGAACGGCUGAUGUCGGUAAAGUGGUGACUGAAGAUGAACUACAGAAGACCAUGGAUUUUGUCCUGCAGAUAUUCGGUCCCGUCACGCCUGACAUGCAGAAAUCUGUUUCUUCCAGGAUUGAUCCUAAGCUUCUGUCUCCAACAGCGCCAGCCAUGAAUGCUGUAGACAUGGCUAAGGUCAUUGACGCAGGGGACGAGGAAGCUAGGAUCGUUCUGUCAAACAUCAAUGCUUGGAAGCCUCUACGGCCCUUGCUCCAACCGUCCGAAAACUUUAGCAGUGAAUCUCACAUCGGCCGAGUCGCGAUUCUGGAAACCGGGAAACUAGGUCUUAAGGGUGCUUAAAACAUACUCAUGGACUACAUCUUCUCAUCGAACAAGUUUCCGUUGUACACUAUUCCGAUCUGGUGUAUAAAUUCCGAUAGCUACGAAUACAUACAGACAUACAUAUAUAUGCUCCCUCCUUACUC